AACAACCGGAUGCCGCCACUGCCGGAGAUAGCCGCAAACAAAGAGAACAACAAAAAACAUAAAAAGACUGAAAACAGCGAUUUUGUGCGCCCCAAUUGCCCGAUAUACCCGCCGGUGGCCGAUAAGCGGCGGCUAAGCAACGCACAAGAGCCGGCGAUAAGAUCCAGAUAAGAUUGGAAUCGCAAUCGGAGAUUGGAAUCGCAGUGGCCACGAAUCGCCAUCUCCCGGAGCUCCACUCACGCGCACACCGGCCACUCCGCCGCCCGAGACUCCGGAAGUAGGACCUAGACCCAGGGACACAGCAUCGAAAUGCCCGAAUACGUGCCGGCACGCGGCUUCAAGGAGAUGGAGAACCUCCUCAAGCUCUACGACAGCAAGCGCUGCCCCAUCUACAUCUACUUCUACGGCGAGAAGGACAAGCAGGGCCGCAGCUGGUGCCCGGACUGCGUGGCGGCCGAGGACACGAUAAUGACCGCCUUCCGCUCCAACGCCCCGGCGGACAGCAUCAUCCUGGUGGUGGACGUGGGCAACCGGGAGUUCUGGAUGGCCAAGGACAACCCGUUCCGCAGUCCGCCCUACUCGGUGGACGGCAUUCCGGCGCUGCUGCACUGGAAGGGGCCCGAGCGCCUGGACGGCGAUCAGCUGCUGAAGAAGAACCUGCUGGAGCUCUUCUUCGAGGAGACGGACACGACGAAAAAGAGCACCGUGUAGCACACUCAAUAAAAUGCGAUUUGAGCCGAAACUCA